CCAUGAGCAUAGACUUGUAAUGGCUUGCAGUGCACCCUCACAUCCGGAGCCACCCUAUCGCUCUGCAAAUGCUUCAUGGCUGCUAUAAGCUCCAGAUUAUCUACAUCGCCUGAACCCGUCAUGACGCAUGCCCAAUCACCAAGCUGGUUUGUUAUCCGAUCAAAAGCAACCGCAGACAUCGGCUAUGACGCCCUCGUCCCUACAGUCAUCUUCACCGCCCUCGCUUUUGUAAUGGUCAUUCUACGGUUGUGCAGCCGAACUUGUUCGAACACAAAUAGAAUCGGAUUAGAGGACUACUUCAUCACAGCUGCUCUGCUGCUGUCGAUGGGCUUCACAGCAGUCAUUGGGCAAGGCAAGCAGGUUAGUAUCGACAUUGCAGAUCCUGUAGAAGGCGCCACAUACCCCGCAUCGCUACCUGCUAUGCUCAAACUUGUCCUUGCCCAAGCUAUCCUCUACCACCUCGCAAGCAAUCUCGUCAAAGCAUCCCUCAUACUACAGUACAUUCGGCUCUUUUCGCUCAUCCCACACGUUCUGUGGAGUUGCUAUGCUCUCCUCAUACUUGUAUCCAGUGCUACGGCCUGGGGCAUGUUCGGUAACGUUUUCCUUUGUCGCCCAAUUCGAAGUUACUGGGAUGUCACGGUACCUGGAGUCUGCAUGAACAAGGAGCAGCACUUUUGGUCAACCAGCAUCAUAGGUAUUGUGGUCGAUGUCGCAAUCUGGAUGCUGCCUCUUCCAGUCAUCGGCAGACUUAGCCUUCCAAAACGACAAAAGAAUGGUCUGUUAUUCGUCUUUGGACUAGGCGGAUUUGUGUGCAUCAUAACAAUUCUACGACUUGCUCUUGUCCGCUAUGCCAUGGUCAAUGGUCAAGUUACAAGAUGCGGCACUUUUGCGAUCGUGUUCUCGUCCAUCGAGAUCAACGUUGCAAUCAUCUGUGCAUCGCUGCUCGUGAUGAAGCCUUUGCUUGCACGCUUUCUGCCAUAUAUCAUUUCCGAGCAGCCCCUGUCUGCGGCAGAGGAUGGGAGGGCUUCUAGGGCUUUAACAAGCACGCACAUGUUGCGCACCAGCAUUGCGGAUGCAGCAGAGAAAAGGGAGCGUCGCGAGCGGAACGACACCUUGGUUGAGAUGAAUCGGUCUUCGGGAUGACAUUUCAUGCUGGAAAAGGCUGGGAAAACGUGGGCGGCAUGCAGUGUACUGGUAAUUAUCAGCUGCAGCUUACCGGAGCAGCUCUGAAUGUGGUUUCGCCGAUGACGUAGAU